AUGAUAAGUCAAACGAAGCAGACGGGACUUGCUUGCCACGCUUGUCGAAGUCGAAAGGUGCGAUGCUCAAGGGACUUUCAUGGGUGUCAUAACUGCCGCAAAUGUGGUGACACCUGCAUCUAUCCUCCCGCAGCGCUCAAGCCAGGCCCAAAGCGCGGCAGUGUCCACAGGAGACGGCGUCACGAUCGGCUAGAUCCUGCCGCAGAGUCGUCGUUGCUUCCAGGAACAGCUCAGAUUGAGAACUCAGGAGACCGGCUUUUGUCGGCAUCGACAACUUCUAACAGGCCCAGGGGUGUUAGCGAGGAUGAGCAGGAGGCCUAUUCUGAGCAUAUCCAGGAAGUAGCUGAGCUGUGUCAUCCUUCAAAUGAGUUCUCUUCUCCACAAAGACAAAUAUCUCGCCAUGAAAUGCCCGACCAACACGGGGACGUGCUAUCUGCCGCAUGUCGUGACCUUGGGAUUUCUCGAGAUUUUAUGGAACAAAUGAUAGCAGUCUUCUUUCAGACCUUCACGACAUUCAGUCUUUUCCGAGCGCCCUAUUUCAUCACUAAGCUGAAUCAAAUCGUCUCUGUGGUCCAAGUCAGAGCACUGCUUGCUGCAGUAUUUGCUUUCGCUUGCAAAGGGUUGAUUCGCUCCCAAACAGUCCAAAACGAACCUCGUCUCUCAACCACGGAUUACGCGGAGUUGGCGAUCAACUAUGCCGAAGAGGCUCUGAAUCAAUGUGGAGAUGAAGCUCCCCCUUUGUGUGUUCUUCAGGCUUUAAUCUUGACAACGCACUGGUUAAUCAUUAAAGGCGUCCGUGGGAAAGCCUGGAGAUAUGUCGGCAUAUGUACACGCCUACUUUUUGAAUUAGGAAUACACGCAACUGAUGCCAAUGUUGAAUUUGAUGGCGAGUAUCUUGCAGAUCCUGAAAAAUGGUGCCGAGAUGAAGAAGGCCGCCGCGCAUACUGGGCUGUAUGGGAAAUGGAUCAAUAUGCUAGCCACAUCAAACGUCUCCCAAUUACCUCAGAUUGGACUCGAGAUGGUGUUCACCUACCUGCUGAAGAUGAAAAAUGGCUCGCUGGUCGCCCCCAGAGAAGUUGUGCUUUAGCACGAGAUUUGAUCGAUCGCUGCAAGAAUUUGCAAGCCACAGGGAGCAAAAGUACACGCGCUUGGUAUAUCGUGAUCGCUUCUCUAAAUGCCGUGGCGCACGAUAUCGUUUAUUCUCGAAAUCAUGCGCGUCGUCUAGCAAGGGAACAAGUUCGCGUGAUCGCACAUCAGUGGCCAGAGCUGUUCAAUAUCAUCCAGCUUAGCAUGAUAGUCCUCCCGGAGGAACUCCAGUUUCAUGGCCAACACCUUGAUUUUGGCACGCAGACCAUGGGGCUUCCACCAGUUGCUGCUACGCUACACCGCCAUAGUGCCAUCUACGAGAUAGCCUUGAUGCCUGAAGUAUCUAAGGUCAUUGCUCUCAGGCCUUACGUUUUCGAUAUAUAUAUGAGGAAGUUACUUCAAAGAGCGCAGGGAACCGGAGAUACCUUCCAGGCCGCGAAUGGUCUGCCAGACGAAAUGACUCGAAAAGCGGAGCAGUGUUUCCAAUCGGCGGACCGCAUCUUGAACCUCAUCGUGAGUUGUAAUGAGAGUCACUAUCGAUAUGUCAAUCCCUAUGUCACGCAAGUUUCCUGGUUAGGCGCCACAGUCCAGUUGCUACAACUCCAGUUAACCGGAGAUGAGUCUAAGAAAAAGGUAAUCAGAUCAAAGUUCGAGAUCUUUAAAGCUACAAAUGAGAAAUUUAUGCAGCACUGGAACAUGUCACGGAUACCCAAAGAGAACCUCGAAACAUUAGAAUCUCGGUUGAACCAAUUCACAGCGGCUUCGCAACGUCUGAUGCUACGGGAGACUAUGAUGGCGGAUCACGCAAACGAUCCUCCGCAACAGGCACGAAGUUCACCCUCUGCUCAAUCCUACACUGAAUCAUCCAUCAACGGGAUUUCACAGUGCACCUCAACCUUCUCGAACGAAAUUUCACAAACUCUCAAUAGGUUCACCUCUAACAGUGUUGCCCUAAAUGAUGGAGGGCACCCUUAUCUAUCAUUGCAAAUGGAGACAAGGGAAGAACGGGGAUCUGCUGCUUCCGGCUUCUUAUUCACCCAACAGCCCCAACAAAGGGUACAGAGUGUGGAAGGGUCGGGCUUUGCUGAUACUCCUCCAUACUUGCGAGAGCCGCCUAAAUCAUCCUCAAAUUCUCCCACAUUUCCACAAAAUAUCAACAUAAACCCCUUGUCUGAGAAUCGCAACCAGAUACCGCAACACCCAAGCCUCGAUUCUGAGCCCAUGGACUGGCUAUCCAUUUUUCCGGUCACGGAAAUUGACGCAGAUCUGACCGACUACCUGGAGAUCUUCUUGGGCCAUCAUAUGUCGGGUGGAAAUCCAUAUUAG